GUAGUCAAGGGUGGUCCCUCCUCUCCUCUCUUUCAAACCCCCAUGCACAUCGACUAAUCUCUGCACGAGACUAUGGCCAAAUUGUGGCUCCUCCUCUCCUCUCUUUCAAACCCCCACAAGGCAGGACAACCGAGGACGAAGAACACUUUUUCAAGUGAACCUUGAACCUUGAUUAGGAAGAGGCGAGGCAGAGUUCCUUCCUUACAGCAGUGAUUGCAAAACACCCACCCCACAGGAGAGUGUCUGCUUGCUGCCCGCGACCCAACCUGCUUGCAAGCCUUCCACGCCGACAACGUACCUCUGACUUCGGCCACACACAGACAGAGGCUGCGAAGGAGAUUGACUAGUCCUUUUCGUUCACAAAGCUCAGGAGUAUAGAGGCGGCAGUUAAGGAGUAAGCCGGUCGACAGAUAGUGGUAGGCAGAACGAACACACAGGUGCUGUCUGCAAUCGUCUCACCACACAACGAUGCGCUCCUCUCUCUCUCUCUCUCUCUCUCUCUCUCUCUCUCUCUCUCUCUCCCCGAGUGUGAGGAAAGAAUGACGAGUCAAGCACAAAUGGGCCGCAAUCUCAAAACGGAGAGUCUGCCUCGCGUCCCCGCAGAAGCAAGACGCCAAGAGCGAAACAGAAAUGGCACAUGAGAGUGAUUGAAGAGAGAGAUGGGUUGAUGGGAGGGAGAAGGAGUUUAACGGAAUCCCGUGACAGAGACUUGGUGGUAGGUAAGAGGAAACAAGUGAGACCGCGACUCUGAUAACAAGGCUUACGAUGCGGAUGGAGAUGAAGAAGAGAGAAGAGAGAGAGAGAGAGAGAGAGAGAGAGAGAGAGAGAGAGAGAGAGAGAGAGAGAGAGAGAGAGAGGAAGAAGAAGAGGUGUGAAAGCGAAGCGAAGAGAGGAAAAUGAAGAGAAAGAAGAUUAAAAAAAUGGCGUCAAUCACUCGGCGUUCUGAGUGCGAAAACGGUAUAUGGAUCGGGAGGAAUCAGGCGCGGAGCUUGGGUAUGUCGGGGGUGGGAUGGGCGGGGAGGCGGUCAGGGACGGGUUCAGCAGGGGAGGAUUGGGUCGGGAGGGCUAUGGCGCGUCGGAGAUACAGGGAGAAUAGUCGCGGCAGGGGUUAGGAACGGGAUGGAUGUGGCGCACCGGAGAUGUAAGGGGAAUAGUCGCGGCGGGGAGCCGGGCUCGGAGAGGAUGGUCGGCAAAGGGUGCGAGGAGGCGGAGAAGGGAGGUGGAGGGAGAUCGGCAGGGGAGGAAGGAUGGUCGGAGGUGGGGGAGACAGUGACGGAGGCGGAGACGGGAAAAGUCGGGGUCGCGGAGGAGACGGGGAGGUUUGGAUCGGGAGGGAUAUGGCGCGGGGUCAGGAGAGGGAGGAUGGACAGGGUCGGAAGCAGGGACGGAUGAACGUGUGGGGCGUGGGUGAUCGGCUCGGAAGGGAUGGUCAGGAGGGGAGGAAUCUAGCGCGAGGCGCGGGUAUGCCGGAUUGGGACGGGAGGGCUAUGACGCGUUGGAAAUGGAGAAUAGUCGAGGCAGGGGCUUGGAAUGGGAUGGAUGUGGCGCGCCGAAGAUGUAAGAAGAAUAGUCACGGCGGGGAGUCGGGCUCGGAAAGGAUGGUCGGCAAAGGGGGCGAGGAGACGGAGACGGGAGGUGGCCAGUAUCACGGGAGAUGGGGAGGAAAGUCAAGGGGGGGGCGGGGAGGGAGAUCGGCAGGGGAGGAAGGAUGGUCGGAGGUGGGGGAGACAGUGACGGGGGCGGAGACGGGAGAAAGUCGGGAUCGCGGAGGAGAAGGGGAGGUUUGGAUCGGGAGGGAUAUGGCGCGGGGUCAGGAGAGGGCGGAUGGACAGGAUCGGGAGCGGGGACGGAUGAACAGGGAGAAGGGAGAGAGAUCAGGGUCGUGUUACGAGCUUGGGUUGGAAGUUGCUUGCCGGAUGUCGUCGGAAUCGUUGUUUUGCGAACAUGGGAUGGAAGUGGCUUGCCGAAUGUCGUCGACCCUGUUGUGUUGUCGUGGCCGUAUCUGCCAGUGUUUGCAGUCGAAAGCGUUCGUCGCGCUCCCCCACCGUGUCAGUCUCCUGAUACGGGGCCCCAAGGGGAGCCGACGUGCUGACAAGUUGCACGUUCUCGCGCUGGCGCUGUCUUCCAUUGUAGUGAGGUCGUCGCUCCGCCCGUUCGGUUGGAUUACCAGUCAGCGGAUCCUCACCCUCGUCACGGAACUCCCGCUGCCGCUUGUCGCGCCUGUCUUCGUUCUCCCCUCUUGUUCAGUCUCCUCCCCUCCCCAGAGCCGGCUAUGGCUUACUCCUUCCUCGUGUCGUCCCUAUGUCACACCGGCUCACGGUCCGCCCUCACCUUCCCUCAACCCCUCCACCUUCCUACGCGGCAACCCUCUCUGUGCGGUUGCUGGCACAAUCGUUGUCGCGAGCCUGUCGCGUUGCGUGCGCGAAGCAGCGCCCUCCCGUCCUGUGCUGAGAAAUGGGCUCAGCGUGGAGGCGGGAGCGGAGGUGAGUGGAGGCGGAGGAGAACUGGCGGGGGAAUGCCAAGGGAGAAGUGGCAGAGGAAUCCCAAGGGGUGGGGGGAGGAGGAGGGGAGGGGACCGGCCGGCGGAGGCGGAGCCGAGGUGGCCCCCGAGCGAAGAAGAGGUGGGUGGAGGCAGGGAGGAGAUGGUGGGCGGUGGCGGAGGGGAGGUGGGCGAAGGCGGAGAGGAUAUGGCAGGAGGAGGCGGAGGGGAGGUGGGCGGAGGUGGAGGCGAGGUGGGCACCGGGCGGAGAAGAGGUGGGCGGAGGCGGAGAGGAGAUUGUGGGCGGUGGCGGAGAGGAGAUUGUGGGCGGUGGCGGAGGGGAGAUGGCUGGAGGAGGUGGAAAGGAGGUGGGCGGAGGCGGAAGGUGGGAGCUGGUGGCGGAGUCGAGGUAGGCAGGUGGGAGGGCCCGUGGACUUCAGUGCAGGGAAAGCGACGCCCUGCAACGGGCCCUAUUUCCAACGGGCGCGCCGAUCCGGGCCGCCCGCAGUCCUACCAGCCCGACGGUCUGGAUUUCCGUGUGAUCUUAAGACUUUAAGAUCGCACGAUGAUCCAGGCCAUCCGGCAAAGCGGACGGUCUGGAUCACCGCGCGAUCUUGAAGUCUUAAAAGU